AGGUAAUACAGUGCUACAGAAACGAGUUGUAUUAGUACGAAGCUUGUUCCUCUGAAGCCCGUUCAGAUGCUGGGGUAUCAGAUGAGCGACAUGAAGCAUUACCAGCAUGUGUCCCAACCCUUCACUGGAUUCGGUCCGGUCGGAGUCCAGUCGGCUCACUUCUAUUUCUCGUCUGCCAUGAACGUUUUGGGAAAUCCGCCGAACAGUAUUUCACCUGAUGUUUCGCCUUCCGAGGUCCAUUUGAAGAAUUUCGAGCCUUCCAAAACUUCCCAUAUUACGAAUGCUGAGGAGGAAGAGGAACCGCCCCCACCCGGUUUGAUAACCCCGCCGAUGUCCCCAAAGCCAGGCUCACUCAACGACGAUGGUAUCCCGAAGGAACUUGCUGAUAUGCAGAUGCCUGAUGCGUGCGAACUUUGUUCGGUGUUGUUAUCAAGCAAAAUGAAGGCCGAUUUGCAUUACGCGUGUAGUACGCACGAGCGACGAAUGAAGCGGUUCAUGAUCAAGUAUUGCCAAAGUCAUCGUCUCUCUCUUCCUGAAAAAUUCCGCACCAAAGCUUCUCACAAAAAUUCACCGAACUCUCAGAAAAGAUGCAAAAUUUGUCAAGUCUCCUUUGAAGAUGAUGUGGACGCGGAUAAACAUUUUGCUAACAUCUGUCAUAAUCGGCGGCUUGAUGGAAAACCUUUGCUGAAGACCGGGUUUUACAACAAACUGACGGGAAAGUGGCAGAAAAACAUGGAAAGUAAGAAAACAAUCACUGAUCAUCAUCGAGUCAACUUGUUCACUCCUGGACCCCUAAAUGUUUCGGAGCAAGUUAAAAAAGCAAUGCUGGUGGAUUACGGAAGUCGGGAGGACGCUUUCAUUGGAAUAGUUUCCACUGUUCGACGGAAGCUUCUUGAAGUUGCAGGGUUAUCGGAAGGAGAAUACUCGUGCAUUCUUCUGCAAGGUAGUGGAUCUUAUGGCUUGGAGGCGGUGCUUCAGACUUUUGUUCCUGCCAAUGGCCGAGUACUAACGCUGGUAAACGGAGAUUAUGGACGACGAGUUGUGAAAAUGUGUGAAAUGAUGAAGACUGAUGUUGAUAAAAUUGUCAUCCCUGACAACGAGGCAUUUUCUGUGUCCAUAAUUGAAGAAUAUUUUACACCGAACUUCCAAAAACUGAAAAAGGAUGAUCAAUUUGAAAUGAAAGCCAGUUACGACCUCAUUUCGGUUCAACACUGUGAAACUACUCAUGGAGUCAUGAACGAAAUUCACGAACUAGGACCAAUUUUGAAGAACAAGUUUCCAGGUGCUCUGAUUAUGAUUGAUGCUGCGAGUAGUUUUGGUGGUACAAAACUCAGCAUGCAAGACAGCUGUGCUGAUUUUGUGGUGUCGUCUUCCAACAAGUGCCUUGAAGGAGUUCCAGGACUGGCCAUUAUUUUUGCACGGAACAGAGCUUUGGCUAGUCACGCUGGAAUCAGCAGGAGCUACUCCAUGGAUUUGGUGGAUCAACUGAAUUACCUGGACAAAACUGGUCAAUUUCGUUUCACACCUCCUAUUCAAUGUAUUCUUGCAAUGAUGGAAGCAGUUAAUCAGCUUGUCAAGGAAGGUGGUGUUUCAGGUCGUGCGAAAAGGUAUGAAAAGUCAUGCAGCUUCACCCGCAAGGAAAUGCAAAACAUGGGUUUCCAGCUCUUCCUUCGUCCAGAAAUUCGCUGCGACUUUAUUUCCUCUUUUCUCGUCCCGGAAAUCGAGGGGUUCAAUCUCGCAGAAUUCACCCACAAAUUGGCUCAACGAGGACAGAUAAUUUACCGGGGCACGUCGAAAUCUGUGCAGACGUUCAGAAUUGGGCACAUCGGCGACAUCUACCAAGAAAACUGCGAAGAACUCAUAUCCUCCAUGAAAGACGUUCUCACGGAAAUGAAUCUGAAAAUCCCAAUCUUCAACGAUUUGGUUGGUGGGAUACAGCUUCCCACUUCGUCACUGAAUCUGAGAGAUCAGACGCCAUUGAUGGUAUUCGGAGUCGAUUCAUCCGGAUUGGACGUCCGCAAAGAGCGCAAGAAGAUAAAAGAGGCCUCAGCAACAAUCGUUUUUGCCAUGAGCUCAACGGACUGUCUGCAAGAGUUCCAAGACGCACAAGUACCUUUGCAGUACUUUCCGCAAUUUAUUUGCACAUCCGGAGGCUUCCUGAGGGGACGGAGCUGUCACGGUGAUAGAGGAAGUGCAUUGAUUACGAUAUCCGAAGUAACUGGUCAAGCAGGGUUGGUCGGCUUGUUGACCUGGAUGGCUGCUUGCGAAUCCCCGGGAUUCCCUGGAGUUUUCACCAAGCUGUCUCAUUACUCUGACUGGAUAAAUCGGCAAAUUCAGGAAAUCAAGAAUCCUUCUACUGCGCGAACCAAAGUUAAACUUUCCAGCAUGAUUUAAUUAAAUAAUACACUUGAACUACUUUGAGUUGAACUCCAAUGGUUCCGCAAAAAGUAAGAAAUAGAAACUUGGUGAGUUUUUGAGUUAGGGAAACUACCAUCUUUGCUGAAAAAAAAAAAUUGGUGAUCUUUUGAGGCCUUGAAUUGCUUGGUUAAUGAAUUGGAAGAAUGCUAAAUUUGGAGGCAAGGGUUAAUUUAUCCCAUCAAUUUUUCAUUUCCUCUUUGAAAGCAUCAAUUCACAUUUCCAUAGCUUUUCUUUUUUCCUGGUCCCUACAAUAAAGCCAAAAAAUUCAAGUUAUAGAGGUUCAAAUGGUUGAGGCACAACUGAAUCUUAAAUCACAAGAAGCAUCUAGAGAACAGUGGCUUCAAAUAUUGAGAAAGAAAAAAAAAUCGACACAAAAAAUUCUAAUGAAGAAGAGAUGUGCCAAAAGGCCAGCUUUCAUAUUCAAAAAUGCCUCGUGAAUCAAACUUCUUUCACUCUUCAAAUGCAUCAUUUUACUCCCUAUCUCUUCAAAUUAUCUCCCAAGAAAAUACCAGUGUAUCUUCCGAACGCUUUUAUCAAACCCAGCUCUUAUAAAAAAAACGGAAACUUCAAAAUUGUGAAAAAUGGCACACGCGCAAGAAAUUCAGUUCAACUGGAUGCCGUUUCGAGCGAGAAGAUCUUUGACAUACAAGUUGUCCUCCGUCAAAAUGAGUCUCUUCAUCUCCUGCAUCUUCAAAAAUGCUUCUUCAGCCGACAUUCCUUCUUUCUUGUAUUGCUUCAUUUUACCCACGAAGUCCGCAAUUAAUUUCCGUCCAGCCUGGAAAAAACAACACAGUUUCAAUGCAAAAUUAUAAUCUCAAUACAGUAUUCCCAAUAUUUACUGGAAG